AUGGAAGAUCCUUCUAGACCUCACUUGUGCAGACAGCAGCGGACUUUGGGGAAGAGUCUCAGGCAGAAGGUUGAAGGCUUUGCAUCUAUUUUGACUUGGCUACUCACGUGCUUCUGGUAG